UCAGAUUCAUAAAUGGUAUAACAACUUAAUAUAUUCAGAUUUGUCUGCUUCUUUGAUUGGUUGUAAACAUGCAUUGAAUGUGAAAAACAAGUAGAAUAGGGAGGUUUUGAUACAACUGAUCAACUGAAGGGAGAACUGGCAAAUGUCCCACGUUUUGUGACGAGCUUCUGAUUUAAAGCAAGUACAUUCACCUAUAAAAUACAGUACAAAUCCUCCAGUGGAUGUGGUGAGUAGUUUUUAGUAUUUUUGUCCUAAAAGCUAACACAUCAAAGGAAAAUCUCUAUCCCACCUACACUUGGCUUCCAUUUCCAUCUCUCUCUGGCUCUAUAGCCAGCUUUUUGGGGCUUUAGGUGAUGAGUGUCCUUGGUGAAAAAUGAGAAGGCUAGAGCCAAUGUGUCCAUGCUCUCUGCUCUGAAUAGGAAUUCACAGCAAUGCACCGACAGACUUAUGCUCAGUGGGCUUUUUGGCACGGUCCCCCCGCCAUGUGUGUGCGUGUGUGCGCGCGCGCGCGCGACUGUCUGUCUGUCUGUCUGGGAGAAUGAGUGCGGCGGCCAGUAUCAGCUAAUUAAAAUUUGAAAAAUGGGAAAUCCCAAUUUAUUUCAUCCCCAUGCCAAACGGGCGAUUGGAGGUUUAUCAUAUCACCAAUACUCAUAACUGAUGAUGCACAUGCGCAGUCAUCUUUCCCCUCCAGUCUAGCGCCAACUGAGCUCAAUCUUUAAACCGCGAGCAGCUGCAGACUCAUCAUCCGUUUGUUUGAGGCUGAGUCUCAUACACCGAGCUGGGCAGGAAAACUGUGCAAACAGACAGAUGACGAAUCAGAAGUUCAUCUGCUCUUUUUCGCACCUGAGCCGCUCUCAGUUUGACCAACACGACUAGGAUGGAAAGGUGAAAGUUCGGAUUUUCUAAAUCAGUAGUUUUAAUGUGCGGUAAUCCGUACUACUGACAUAAACAGGGGAUGUGAGGGACAAGUUUGAAAACAGAAAAACUCAUGAAAAGGAGCUCAGCGGCGAGGAUGUACGCAGUCUGGAUAUUUCUCCUAUUCAUUGAGGGGGGAUUUGCACUGGCGCAAAAGAUUAAAGAUGCAGGUGCAGGAUCGAAAGCAGUUAACCCUUCUCUACGACCACAGCGUCACUGUGGAAACUGGGUACGAACCACUGAUGGCGGCACUUUCAGCUCCCCAAACUACCCAAAUACGUACCCUCCAAACAAGGAGUGCCUCUAUGUGCUGGAAGCCCUGCCUCGCCAGAGAAUAGAGCUGAUGUUUGACGAAGUCUUCCACAUCGAGGCGUCGUUCGAAUGUCGCUUCGACCACAUCGAAGUGCGGGACGGUCCCUUCAGUUUUUCCCCGCUCAUCAAUCGCUUCUGCGGCUCAGCCAGUCCUGGACUCAUCCUGUCCAGUGGACGCUUCAUGUGGAUCCGCUUCUUCAGUGAUGAAGAGCUGGAGGGGACUGGCUUCCAGGUCCAGUACAGCUUUACUGCAGAUCCUGAAUUUCAUCUGCAUGUGGGAGGACUUUUAAACCCCAUCCCAGAUUGUCAGUUUGAGCUGUCUGGAGCUGAUGGUGUGAUCCGUUCAAGUCAGGUGGACGAAGAGUACAAAGUGAAGCCGGACCAGGCAGUGGACUGCAUCUGGACUAUACGUGCCCCAACAAAGAACAGGAUUUACCUGCGAUUCUUGGAAUACCAGAUGGAAAACUCCAAUGAAUGUAAGAAGAACUUUGUGGCUGUUUAUGAUGGCAGUAAUGCCAUUGAGGAUCUAAAGGCCAAGUUUUGUAGUACAGUAGCUAAUGACAUUAUGCUGGACACUGGUGUGGGAGUAGUGAGGAUGUGGGCUGAUGAGACAAGCCGUCUCAGCCGUUUCCGGAUGCUGUUCACAUCUUUUGCUGACCCACCCUGUAUGGGCGGUGCGUUCUUUUGCCACACUAACAUGUGCAUCAACACUUCUCUGGUGUGCAACGGCAUACAAAACUGUGUCUUUCCUUGGGACGAAAGCAACUGCAAAGAGAAAAAGAACAAAGGUCUUUUUCACCAGAUCACAAAGACUCACGGGACAAUAAUCUGUGUGUCUACGGGGGUGGUGCUGUUACUCCUAAUUGUCUCCAUUCUGGUGCAAGUCAAGCAGCCACGUAAGAAGGUGUUGGUUCGUAAGAACAACUUGUUUCCUCGUGCUGACUUCCAGGAGGUGUUUGACCCUCCUCACUAUGAACUCUUUAAUCUCAGAGACAAGGAGAUUUCUUCAAGAGACCUUGGGGAGUUGUCAGAGGAGCUCCAGUCCCUACAAGCGCUCAGGAGGUCCUCGUCAGGAUCGCGCUGCAUACACGAACACCAUUGUGGCUCUCUGGCCUCUAUCAACUCCAUUAAAGGCAGCCUAGGUGCACAAGGCCUGGGAAGGGGAUCCAUGGAGCUUCCAGCUUUCAGAGUAGACUUCCAAAACUCCUUGCCUCCCCUAAGAGAUUUCAACAGCAGUCUGCGGAAGAAGAGCUGGCCCAGUAUGAAAUCAGGCCGAAUACAGGGCCAUCAUGGUAUGGGGGAGAGAGCUCUGGGGCGGCAGGACAGAGUAAUGGAGGAGGAUGAAGAGGAGGAGGAGGACGGGAGGUAUGAUGUGUAUGUGCGUAGAGCAGGAAGUCGAAGAGGUUAUGAAAUGGCCCAGCAAAGAUCCCUGUCCAUGGACUUUUGAGGAGAAAACACAAGAUAUGCGUUAGGGUAGGUAAACACUGCCUCAAUUUUGGGGUGGGGCUUUUCAAAUUUACAGGAAAAAGGAAAAAGAAAGUAAAUCAAUGGCUUGUCCAAGUACACUUUCCUUCUUCUCAGUAAGGCUGGUAAACAUAGGCUCUGUAAAGGAGCAACAAGAAGAUCCUCAGGCACUGCCAAAUUUGCUUAUAUGCUGAAACAGCGAACAGGGAGCUGUUAUCAAGUCUCUGACACCGGUGUAAAAGUGAAAGUAAAAGAAAAUGCUGUAUACUGUUCUUGUGUUGAUGUAUUUUGUUGAAUACAUUUAACUGUAACGCGGAUAGAUGUUGUGGAAAUAUGUUUUGAGUCAGUGUGUAGAAGAAGUGUGAUUACAUUUUGAGUAUUAGUGAAAAAACUACAUUGAAAACAAAAAGGUAAUUUCCACACCUCUGACUUAGGAAAAGUCAGCUCCGAGUUAAAGUCGGUUUUAGUUUUGCUGAAGGAAAGUCUGGUUGUUCUGCAAUCCUCUUUUGGGCAGGUUGAACAGGUACACAGGUUGGAAAUUUGACAAUUAUGUCACUCUGCAGUGACACACUUGACCUUAUGAAAACCAGAAAACAAGAUUUCUUUUUACAGUCCUUAAAAACAAUGGGUUAUCAGAUGUUAACACAGUGGGGGAGAAGCCAACAUAGUCCUGUUAAUUAGCAAGGACUGUAUUUAGGAAUUAAACCAUUUAAUAAGAAAUAAAAUCGUGUGAGUACUGACCUCAAAGAAAAUGCUGUAUUCCAAUGUUUUUAUGUGUUGUGAUCUUACACACAGUGUCUCCGAAAUUCCCACAGAACGUCUUACAUAACCUUGUAGCUGGCACAAACCUCAUUUGGAAAGCCUUGCAGUGUAGUCAGCAUACCUCUGCGGUUCAUUUGUCAUCCUCAAAAAAAUUCACUGGACCAAUAAUUAGUGGGGCAACAUAGUUUGUCUGCACAGACAUAGACAAAAGCCUGACAGUGCAUUCUCAGUGCUAGUGUGUGUGCUGGUAACACAGUGUUAUACAAUUCUCAUUUGACCUCUAAGUAUAGACUUAUAAACUCACGAUUAAAGAAUUCCAGUUAAGUUUCUAUGCACUGGCUACUUUGUACUCAAUAAAAGCUAUGAUCAAACAAGUGAUAGAUAACGUAAAUGGGUCAGUCAUGAUAAUGUACUCUGUUUUAUAUGCUUCCAUAAGUUGACCUUGUUUGUAGGGAAUAUGAAUUAUCAGCUCCGGUACACAGUCUUUUUUUUCUUUUUUUAUCUCAAUAUCCAUGAAUAGCGACGAUAUUUGGAACACCUCAGGUAAUAAAUGACUCCAGAGAAAUAGGUCAAAAGGUACAGGAGAUGCAGGAUUAUUGCUAUAUAAUAACUCUCUGUGUGACAAUAGUUAAGCCUAUCUUCAAAGGUGUGUCUCAUUCUUUUCUCAGUUUGAUCAACGCUGGGAAAACAUCUGCACAAAGGAGCUAAAGAAGUUUAAGUUGGGUUUUUUUUGUCUGUUUUUUUAUUUUUUGUUACAAGCCCUGUGUGCUUAUAAUCACCACAAAUAGUUUGAAGGACAUAAUCGUUUGUUUGUUGUUGUUUUUUUACUACUUUUAAUUCAUUUAUAAAAACGU